GCAAACCGGAAGUAGGAGACGAAAAGUUGAAGGCGGCGGCAGCGGCGGCGUCUCUGGCGGCAGCGGCGGCGGCGGCGUCGUCUCAGAACAACAACAAAACCACAAAGUUCCAUCGCUCGCCAUCCGCCUCCUUUAAACGCCCACCCGGACUCCGCGUGCCCCUCACGCCCUCUUCCGUCUCGCCAUGGCCUCGUAUCGGGCGGCUGACUCAAAGCGGGAGGAGUUCCGUAGGUACCUGGAGAAGUCGGGCGUUCUGGACGCGCUCACGAAAGUGCUCGUUGGUCUGUACGAGGAGCCAGACAAACCCAACAAUGCCCUGGACUUCCUGAAGCAGCACCUGAGCUCUGCGGGCCCCGAGGGGGCUGAUGUAGAGGCCCUGCGCCUCGAGGCUUCUGAACUGCGCCUCAAGUUGGACUCCCUGGCCGAAGAGAACCGGGAGCUCAAGGGCAAGCUGGCUCGCUACGAAGCGGCGGCGGACGAGGGGCGCACGGAGUAGAGCGGGACGGGGGAGUGGAGGACGCAAGGCACUGGGGAAUGCACACACAAACACACGCUCGCACAUACACACACUCGCACACGCACAUCCACGUGGUUAUGGGUAUGCACAUGAAACACUCCCUUUUUUCCCACGCUCGCUACUGUCACAUUCCAACACAUAGGCAAAGGUCCCCCGUGUAGCCCGCACUGGCUGUUGGGGAAAGUACUGCUAGCGAGGGGAGCACCCACUAAUACCCACCCAACCCAACACUUGGUCUAACACUCAAUCUAACACCCACCUAACCUAACACUCGGUCUACCACUCCACCUAACACUCAAUCUAACACUGUCCAACACCCAAUAUGACACCCAAUCUAACCCUUGGUCUAACAUCCAAUCCAACACUCUGUAUAACACCAAAUCUAACACCCACCUAAUCUAAGUCUAUCACCCCAUCUAAGACCCAGUCACACUUAGUCUAACACCACCUCCCGCCCGUCUUCUCCUUCCUGGGUUCCUGUGGUGUUACUGGCGUGGAGUCUUUGCCGUGACCGGGGUGGGCGGAGUUAGUGACUUGUGGGCGGAGUUAGUGGCUGGUGGGUGGAAUUGGUGGCUGAUGGGUGGGGUUAGUGGUUGGUGGGCAGAGUUGAUGGCUGAGGGGGGCAGAGUUAAUGGCUGGGGAGGGGGAGGAGGUUAAUGGCUGGGGGGCAGAGCCGUGAGUGUGACUGAUCAUCGCACUGGGUUCACAUUCUUUUUUCAGUUCACCCUCUGUACGAUGACAACAGCGCGGGAGUGAGGAGCAGAGAUAAUGAUUUCUUGUUACAAUCUCUGUCCCUGUUGUGGAGUGUUUCAUUAAAGGAAUUGGUUUGUUUGAA